AUGUCCGUGCUAUUCCUUCGUGCCGCCUUCGUGCUCCUCAUCACAGCAAUGUCGCUAGUCGAUACACGAGCGACGAAUUCGUACCCGAUCGUGCUCGUCAAUGGGUUUUCCGGCUGGGGUCGUGACGAGUUUUCGGGUUUCCGGUACUGGGGUGGCAAUCAAGGAGAUUUCCAGGAUGAGCUCACGGCUCGAGGGUAUACGGUCUAUACUGCUGCAGUCGGCCCCUUUUCAAGCAACUGGGAUCGGGCGUGCGAGCUGUACGCUAUUAUCAAAGGCGGGCGCGUCGACUAUGGCAAGCAACACUCAGCGACGCACAAGCACCUUCGCUUUGGACGCAACUACACGGGCCUCUACACAAAGUGGGGCAAAGUCAACUCGGAUGGCUCGGUCAACAAGGUCCACCUCAUCGGACACAGUAUGGGUGGCCAGACAAUACGAAUGUUGGCUCAGAUGCUCGCGCAUGGUACCACCGGUGCACCCGUCGAGGAAGAUCCGUCGUCGCAUCCGUUGUUCGCUGGUGGGAAGAGCUGGGUGCACUCGAUAACGACUAUUUCAGCGCCAAACCAAGGCACGACCCUCGCCGACGGCUUCUCUGUCAUUGGCGACCAAGUCAAAGACCUGCUUGCAGGUGUAUAUGGCAUAAUCGGGAUCCUUGGAAUCAAGGUCGAGAUGUUCUAUGACGUCAAAAUGGAUCAAUGGGGGAUUUCAAGUAAACAGCCAGACGAGACGCUGCAAGCGUACCUCGACCGCAUCUUUUCCAGCACGAUCUUUGAUCCGGGCUUUCAAGACGCUUGUCUCUGGAGUUUGUCCACUCGUGGUGCGAAAGAAGAAGCGACGUGGGUGAAGACGCUUAGUGACGUGUACUACUACAGCUACACCACUGUGGCCACGUUCGGUGCGCGAGACUAUCUCUUUCGCAAAAUCGCGCUGCCUCGUCUGCUGACUGUGAUGCUGAUCCUCAAACCAUUAUCAGUCUUUCUUGGUGGGCGGUAUGCGCCUGACAGUAUGGACCUCUCUACGAAGUGGCAGCCGAAUGAUGGUCUCGUAAACUCGAUUUCGAUGGCCUCCGACGGUGUCGGGAGUGUCACUACGUUCACCGAUGCCGAUGCGUCUCAACUGGGCACGUGGAAUGUGAUGCCGCAACUGAAUCGACUUGACCAUCUUGGCAUUAUUGGCAACACGAUACACUCGGAGGUGUCGGAUGUGUACGAGAGACAUGCUGCACUGUUGGCAUCUCUGCCGACUACCUCUACUGUCCGUCGACUGCAAAAUGACUCGAUCGGAGCGGCUGUAAAACUCAACGCGGCCAUUCGAAAGCUAUCUGCAGCAACAGCAAGCGUAGAGACCAAGAGCGAUCUGGAAGGUUUGUGCAAGAGUCCUAAGAACACAUACACCCAGAACUACUGCACCAAGAUGCUAGAGUACAUGCCUACGCGUCACCUACGAGGAUAUCAGGCAACUGUUCCACAUGAAUGA